CUUUUUAACCGACAGACAGAGAGGAGCACAGAGGAGCAUUUCUCCUGCAAAGAGUAUACUAGAACUAGAUAAAAAUGACAGAGAAUGAGCCAGUCCCACAUGAUGUGGAAGAUGACGACGAGCUGGAUGGGAAACUGAAUUACAAACCCCCACCCCAGAAAUCCCUACAAGAAAUACAAGAGCUUGACAAGGACGAUGAGAGUUUAGCCAAGUACAAGAAGUCAUUGCUAGGAGAUGGACCCGUGGCAGCAGAUCCAUCAGCCCCAAAUGUGAUUGUAACUCGCCUCACGUUGGUUUGUGCAACUGCCCCAAAACUGAUCACAAUGGAUCUUACUGGAGAUUUAACAAAUCUGAAAAAAGAGACGUUUGCUCUCAAAGAAGGAGUUGAAUAUAGAGUAAAAAUCCACUUUAAGGUCACCAAAGAGAUAGUUUCUGGGCUGAAGUAUGAUCAGUAUAUAUACCGCGCAGGAGUGAGAGUUACUAAAGCUAGAUUUAUGGUAGGCAGCUAUGGACCCCGACAAGAGGAAUAUGAGUUCCUCACACCACUAGAAGAGGCGCCCAAGGGAAUACUGGCCCGAGGAACUUACCUUAAUAAGUCGCACUUUACUGAUGAUGACAAUCACAAUCACCUAAGCUGGGAGUGGAACCUGACCAUUCGCAAAGAGUGGAAUGAAUAAAAAGCCUUGGAAUGAUUGCCUAUAUCAAACCCCAGCCUUGGAUCGUACAUGUUCAUGUUUGUUUUCGCAUUCUGCUCUCACUGCCUCUGUAUUCCAGGAGCACAUACUGGGCUAUCCAUUAACUAAACACUCCGGGCUGCUGCUACUGGUUUAACUGCUAUGUGAUCUGCAUUCAUAUCAUUUGGUGCUUUAUCUCUUCUAACAGACAAGGUUAUAGUUAAACAGAGAUGUACUUGCAUUUAUUUAAAGCGUUGACCAAAGUGAUCUUUUAAAGCGUGUCACUAUUAUUCCUAAUAAAAUAAGAAAAAAAA